AGUCUUGCUGACUGCAGAGAGGAAGGGGAACUCGCUGUGAGGGCUUCCUUCUUUCAUGAAGGACCGCCCGCACUGCCAAUAGGAGCCAGAGCAAGGGAGGUGCUUCCUCCCUCUGGUUUUAGAGGGGCGAAACUGCGAUGCCAGCAUUCGGAUGUAACGCUGGCACCACACAACCAGAGUUGAAGGCAGCUGAACCGAAGGCACAGAGUGGAGUCCGGGGAGGAAAACCGCAGGUCCAUUUUUUCGGCGUAACUCCGGUUGCCCGCAUUCAGACGUACACCUACUGAAACUGGAGGUGAAGGGACCUCAAUUUUCAUGUUAUGUGCAAAUGCAGCCCUCAUGUCUUUUCCUCGGGCAGUCAUGGGUGGGUGGGGAAGUGUGCAUGUUUCUGAGUGUCACAGAAGCCUUCUUCAUACACUUUCUGCCUGCCAAAGGAGUCUCUGUCUGUCUAAUUUAUAUACCGCCCUUCCUAAAGUGGCACAGGGCGGUUUACGUUAAAAUAAAAAACAUAUAAGAAAACAAUUAAAAUCAACAAACAUUUAAAACCAGAUUACAACUCAUUAAAAUUAAAAUUAAGGACUAUAUAUUAUUAAAAGUCAGGCUAAAAAGAUGGGUCUUUAAGGCUCUCCCAAAGGCCUCCAAGGAAGAUAGUGCUCUUCUAUCCACGGGGAGCGUGUUCCACAGCCUAGGGGCAACAGCAGAGAAGAGCCCGGUCCCAGGUCACCAUCAGAUGAAUUGGUGACACCCGAAGAAGAAGGAUCCCUCCUGAUGAUCUCAAUGAGUGGUGGAGAUGUUAUAGAGAAAGACGUUCCCUCAGGGGGCAUUUGGAAGAUGCUACAAGUUCACAGACAUGUCCACCAACAAAGUCUAUGCUGUGAAGGUCGUCUCACAGUCCCGUGUCUCUAGGCUGGACAACCGAGGGAAGGUUGAACGUGAAAUUGAACUGCACAGCAAACUGAAGCACAGAAAUGUCGUGGGCUUCCACAGACAUUUCGCUGACCGGGAGAAUAUCUACAUGGUGCUGGAAUAUUGCAGCCGAAAGUCCUUGGCCCACAUCCUGAAAGCCCGGAAGACGCUGACAGAACCAGAGGUCCGGUUCUACCUUAAGCAAAUCAUCACCGGCCUGCAGUACAUCCACCAACAAGGGAUUAUCCACCGUGAUCUCAAACUGAGUAAUUUUUUCAUCACGAAGAAUAUGCAGGUGAAGAUUGGAGAUCUGGGGCUGGCAACCCAAGAAGAACAGGCCAAUCGGAGGCGUGGAGUGGUCUGCGGGACCCCCAACUAUCUGGCUCCUGAAGUUGUCUCUAAGAAGGGGCACUCCUUCAAAUCAGACAUGUGGGCACUGGGCUGCAUAAUGUACACUGCCCUGACCGGCUGCUCCCCUUUCGAGAUCACGCACAAGCAGGAGAUGUACCAGUGCAUCCGAGAGGGGCGCUAUCCCAUGCCCAGCCACCUCUCACCCAGCGCCCGGGAGCUGAUUGGGAAGUUACUGGCUCCUGACCCGGCUGCCCGGCCCAGCCUGGAGGAGACCCUCAACCAUGCCUUCUUCACCCAGGGCUUCACUCCUGCCAGGCUGUCCUCCCGGGCCUGCCACUCUGCCCCCAUCUUCUCUCUCCCCAACCCUCUCAGGAAAUUCUUCCAGAAAGCUGCCAAGGUUCUUUUUCGGGGCUCCUCUUGCCAGGAGUCCAGGACGGUGAGCCCUUUGCCUCAGAAAGAAAGCCUGCCACGAGGAACACCAUGCUGCCCAGUUAUAGAGGACCCCAGCCUGGGAGAAAAAGAAAAGGAGGACAUGAACAGGACGGAGGAUGCCAGCCACUUGCCUGUGCACUUGCUCAUGAAGGGGUCUUUGAACAAUAGCCGGUCUGAAGCCAAGGAUGGAGAGUGGACACCCGGCAGUGUCCUGGAGACAGUGGACCAAGUGCUGCACACCUGUCUGCAGACCAUCCCCCUGGCAGAGCAGAACCCCGAGAACCAACAUCAGGGGAGCAUCAUCCGGAUGGUUACAAAGUGGGUAGACUACUCCAACAAGUACGGAUUUGGCUACCUGGUCUCUGAUGGGUCGACGGGAGUCCUCCUCGCUGAUGGGACCCACAUCGCGCUCUGCCCUCUGCGCCAGCGCAUCUGCUACUGCAGGGAGGCUCACAAGGCCGCAUACUUCCCCCGGAGAGAGUUCCCCGCUUCCUUGACUGUUAAAGUGGGCAUCCUUAACUUCUUCACACAGUAUAUGCAGCAGCGGCUGCUAGAGGGCGGGCACCAGCAGGCAGAUGCUGGGAGCUCCACGGGUGAUCUGUACCUCCUGCAGUUUGCAAAAUCAGAUGAGGCCCUCUUGAUGCUUUUCAGCGAUGGAACCCUUCAGGUCAAUUUCUACCACGACCGCACAAAGAUUGUGCUGAGUCGGCCAGCUGGGGAAUACCUCUGGACCUUCGUGGACCGCCAGCGACAGGGCACCACCUUCUCGCUGGACACGCUGGCGCGGCAGGGCUGGACGCUGCCCCUCCGGGAGCGGGUGGAGUACGCCCUCCGCAUGCUGCACUGCCUGUAGCAAGCCCCCCCGUCGCCCCUGACCAGACUGCUGGAGACAGGGGAGCGAGACCCGAUCCUCCUCCAUCUGGGACUGUUUGCAGGCUUGUGGGCCAGAUCCUGCUCCCUUCCACAGCACUUUUUUCCCCCCCGAACUGGAAGCUGGGGGUGGCAUUGAUCCUACAGAAUUUGGAUCUGGGGCUUCCAGCUUCCUAGAAGGCGGUGGGUGCAGGGGCGUAGAGGGCUUGCUGGUGCCCAGGGGCCAGGCUGAUGCGCCCCCCCCCCAGUUUGUCUGCAAGCCACACCCCUUGCAUCAGCGUCAGGCGCACAUCAACGCAGGGGGCAUCGUGGCCAGUGUCCAGAAGGGAGGGCGCGCAGCUCCUUCCCCCACUCCUUCCCAGCCAGCACUUUGUUCGGCUGCUGGGUGCUGCCUUUCUCUCCCUCACUUAGAGAGGGAGGCCAAAAAAAGGACCCAGCUGGCGAAUGAAGUGCCAGCUAGGAAGGAGCAGGAGAGGGGCCAUGCCACACACUCUCCGCCAGUGAGUGCUUCAGUCACCAGCUGGAUGUGGGGGGAGGACGUGCCCCGGCGGAGGGGUGAAGGGGUGCCAUGGCGGCCCAGGGACAUUUGUCCUCCCUUGUCGAGCAGUAGCUAUGCCAUGGGGUGGGUGGCAAGGAGACUAGAUGAUAGAGCAGCAUACAGGCGUGUGGAUGUGGUGGUGAGGAGUGUGUGUGUGUGUGUAUCUGUGCGUGCAUGCGUGCACAGGGUGGAGGGUCAUCUUGCCAAGCUGGGCGAGAUCAUUGAAGGAUCGAGGCAGAGAAUGUGGGAAAGGUCAGAGGCAGCAGGGAGGAGCAGAGAAUGCAGGACUGGGGUUCUGGUGCAGGAGGGGAUGGAGAGAAGGGAGCCUGGCAGCAGAGGGAGAGGAAGGGUUUGAGAAAAGGAGGCGGCACUGGAAAGAAGGAUCUCUUCAUUUCCUCCUAGGGGGGAUUCGGUCUGCAUGCAGAGGAGCCCCCGUAGGGCUCUGACAGGGGCUUCCUCCAAGACCCUUCCCUAAAGGCAUUAAACUUCCCUCAGCCCAAGUAAAAUGAAGAGUUGCAGAAUGAAGGGCUGGAGGUUUUCAGAGUGAGUUGAGGCCACUUGAAAGAUGAAGCACAGGGGUGAGUUCAUAGGCAUCAGCCUGUCCUUGCCAGAGGUUUUUGCAGAGCUGGAGGCUUAGCAGGAAAGAGAAGGGAAUGAUCUCCUGACCUGAAGGAAGGAAGAACCCACUGUGAAGGGGUUUCCGUGGUUAAUUCUGCAGGUUGUGUGUCGGUUGCUGUUGGAUGUGAAAGAAAAGUUGGCAGGUGCUCUCUGUAAGAGGGGCUUCCAGAUGUGGACAACUACAACUCCCAUCAUUCCCAGCUGCAGUGGCCUUUAGCUGGGGUAGAUGGGAGUUGUAGACAAUGGGAAAUCCCUGUUGCCAGGAACACUGAUGGGAGGAUUGCAGAGAGGAAAGAAGAAGGGGAGAAUUUUAUUUUAUUUUUAAUUACGCUGGGAAGUUUUGUGGGCAGAGCAGGAUCCUGGCUCACAAAUCGCAGCCUUUGGGGCCAGGGGGGAGCCUGGCUGGCUAUGGGCUCUUGGCGGGGUGGACGACAAUGACCAUAAGAAACGUACUUUGGAGCCUGUCCUAGGACAGAUGUUGUCAUCGUGGCUCUGCAAAAGGAGCCAAACAUUUUUCAUUAAAGUAAUGUGAACACUUGAGCUGUA